CACCCUGUUAAACAAGUAAACAAGUGAAAAUGGAAGAUAUACAAAUAUUUGAAAGAUCUCUAAAGGACUUUGAAUACUUUAACGACUUUCAAUGUUUUCUCAAUUUAAAAAAAAAUGCUCGAGUGCGGGCCACGCAUGUAAAGAAGAGGCACCCACGAUUUAAUCCCUUGACGGAUCUGAAUGAACACAAGUUCCGACUAAAGUACAGAUACACUAAGGAAAACCUUCGCAGAAUUAUUGAAAUUGUACGGGAUGACUUGGAAAUUGAAUAUUUUGAGCCGUUGAAAAGGGAGCAAGUUCCAAUAGAUCUGCAAAUUCUCUCCGCCAUUCGGUUAUGGGGUGGCACAGAGCACCCCAAAUUAACUGCAAUGGCCCACGGCGUAAGUCUGCGCACCUUGGCAAAAAUAACGAGGCGCGUGGCUUCGGUUCUAUCAUCGAAAGCUUCCAGGUAUAUACGCAUGCCGGCUACUCUAUCUGAAAAAGAGCGAUCAGGAUCUGCUUUUCAAGCUAUUGCCAAUAUGCCGCAAGUCAUUGGGGCAUUACUGCAGACAACUGUGAGGUUUCAAACGGAAAACUGUGCAACUGAUCUGGAUAGAGAGGAGCUAUUUCCCAACAGGGAGGAGCUUCACAUCCAGAUUGUUUGCGAUGCAGCUCAUAAGAUAAGGGACCUCGACAUCCGACUGAUCGAGGAACAUUCAAUGCUAACCGACACCGAGAUGUUCGGUCUGUCCAAAAUUAAGGAUCGCUUCGAACAGAACGAGUUCCGUGGUCGCAUUCUGCUGGGCAACGAAAUGGUGCGUUGCUCCUCGUCCCUGUUCACACCGGUUCGAUUCCCGCGGAACCAAUCCGAAGAGCUGUAUAACCACGCACACGCGGUCACCUACGCAUCGGCUAGAAAGUGUCUCAAUCUGUUGAUGAGUCGUUUCGGUAUCCUUGGCGCCGAAAUACAGGGCUCCCAUGGAUCUGCCAAACAGACGAUUACGGCGUUGGCCAUACUACACAAUAUGGCAAUGGAGUGGGCCGAUCCCAGCAUUGAUACGGAACAGAACAUUUCACCAUUCAAUUCCACUUUCUUCAAUUCCACAGGAAGGUCCACAAAAUCCGGAGAGGACAACAAUAGAAGACAAUUCAUUAAAACACAUUUUGCUUCCUAGUAAAUAUAGUUCGUACAACAAAUCCCCAACAUUACCAAUACAAUUUGUACUUUCAGUAUUACAACAAUUAAAAGCAACCCUGUAUUG